CAGCAGGUCAGGUCACCUGGAUGCGGGCAGAGACACCUGUUGGCCGAGGACGCACCACUUCGCACAGCACUUUUUAUGUUAAUGACCCGUUGGAGCACUUCCCACCUCCACGGGCUUUACGGCGCCGCGCUAAUUACAGAGUCAGUAUCGAUGGUGUGGGCAGGGGUGGCACAAAUCACCGGAGGACCGUGACUUUCCAUCGGACUCAGCAGGAUGAGAGCCAGGGCCAAGUGCGCACACGCCCCAGAAGGGACAGCAGCACCGGCGGCACCUCCAAGGCUUCUCACGGUCCUCCCUUCACCUCCUGCAGGCUCCCCCUCACCUCAGCCGAGCACAAGGUUCUGGAUGACAAUACACAUGAGACAGGAUUUAAUGGUGAUGAUGGAUCCUAUGUAAUUCUCACGUGGGUGGGUGAUGGCACAGGGGUAGUCCUGGUGCUGUCAACAAUUAAUGCUCCCAUUAAUUCAUUCAUGGAGGGAGGGUCCUCACGACUUUAUAGAAGUACGGAUUAUGGAAAAUCCUUUCAUGACAUUUCCCAACGGAUCAACCACACCUUCAUACGAGAGGAGUUUGGAGUCAGUGUUGGACCAGGAAGCUCUGUAAUACUGACAGCGGACAUACCCGUUUUGGACAACCCUGGGGGGAUCAUCUUCACGUCUACAGAUGCCGGAGCGACCUUUAAGUUCAUCCUGCUGCCCUUCCACCUGGCUCAGCCAAUCACGUACCACUUCCUCAACCCUGACUACCUCGCGGCCCUCAGCAUUGAUGGCGCUCUUUGGCUCUCUCUGGACUUUGGUGCCAGAUGGACAAAAGUUCAUGAUGGAGUGCAUACUUUCUCUUGGGGGGCUGGCAUUAAUUUGUUCUUCAGUUGCAGUAAAGUAGAUGCAGUUGAGGCAGAUGAGAGGGGAGAUUUACAGCUGAAGAGAACACAGGAUCUGGGGAAGACCUUCACCACCAUCCAUGAAGACGUCUACAGUUUCGGCUACAUAGGAGCCUUUCUCUUCUUUUCUGUGAUGGAGGAUUCGAGAUCUCCUCGUGUCAUGUAUUUCUCAUCAGACCAAGGAGACACUUUCAGCCGUGCACUGCUUCCAUCUGCAUCCACUGAGCAGUUCUACUCAAUACUGGAUGGAGAUGAUGAUAUGCUCUUUAUGCACGUAGACAAUCCUGGAGACACCUUCUUUGGAACUAUGUACACGUCAGAUGACCGUGGUAUCUUAUUCUCCAAAUCACUAGAACGUCACCUAUUUGAUGGGCAGAGGAAAAGUGAUUUCACCAAUAUAACUUCACUGAGAGGAGUCUACCUAACAAACAAACUAGAUGAGGAUGGACGUAUACGAUCUGUCAUUUCCUUUAACAGAGGAGGGAUGUGGAGACAACUUAAAAAGCCUGAAAAUGUGGACUGUGGAGAACAAGUUAAGAAUUGCAAUCUUCACAUUCAUGGAGAACACAGUCGCAACAACCGCAUUGUUCCUAUGCUUGCUUUGACUGAACCCACUGCUAUUGGUCUGGUUAUUGCCCAUGGCACUGUGGGUGAUUCUCUGUCAUCAUCGCAACGCCCAGAUGUGUAUGUUUCCUCAGAUGGGGGUUAUAACUGGAGGGGGACACUGAGGGGCCCUCACCACUACAGUAUAUUAGAUUCUGGGGGUCUCAUUGUAGCAGUGGAGGCCCAGCAUGAAGGCCAAGUCAAGACUAUCAAGUUCUCUACAGAUGAAGGCCAGUGCUGGAAGUCGUAUAACUUCACCGAGCAGGCCUUCUUCUUUGCAGGUCUAGCAUCUGAACCAGGCACCAAAGCCAUGAGUGUCAGUGUGUGGGGCUUCAGGCCUGAGGAUGACGGCCAGCCCAUGUGGGUGGCCGUCACCAUUGACUUCCAGAGCCUCAUCACCAGAGAGUGCAACAGUCAGGACUAUGAGCAGUGGCUUGCUCACUCUACUCAAGGAGAGGGUUCAGGGAGUGCCGGCUGUGUCCUGGGUGUUAAAGAGACGUACACAAGGCUAAAGAAACAGUCUGUGUGCAGAAAUGGCCGAGGAUAUGUGGUCAGCAAGAGACAGAGCCCCUGCCUGUGCACCAGGGAAGACUAUCUGUGUGACUAUGGUUACUACCGACAUGUGAACACCUCUGAGUGUGUAAGACAACCCAGUACCCCCAACAAAACCUUGGAGCUCUGUCUGAAUGGAGAGGAAGAUGAGCUACUGACAGCAGGAUAUCGGAAGGUCCCAAGUGACAGAUGUGAGGGGGGAUUCAGCCCACAACUAUCUGUCCAGACCAUCAUCAGACCAUGCGGUGUGAAAACCAGUCCCCGUCCACCAGACAUGUAUACAUCUCAAGUCACACACUUUGACACACCACGUGAAAGGCUGGUGUUGAUAUUAGUGUGUGGAGGAGCAGGAAUCAUUGUCCUGAUUGCCAUCACUUCUGCUAUCUUUGCUGUCAGGAAAGUGGUUUAUAGAAACAGGACACCAGUGUAUCGGUUCUCCAACCUCCAGAUUCAGGACGAUGAUAACUGCAUGACAGCUGAUCUUGAAAGCGCCACCAGCAGCAACGGCACAGCCUGUCAGCAGGACUCAGAUGUAGAUCUUAUUGAAUGACACAUGACACAAUUAAAUGGAUUUAAUAAAUAUUCAAGACCACCUUUGAUGCUGCGCUAAAAGAGACUCUUUUGUUGGACUCAUCUUUUAUGUAGGUCUAUUACUAUGAGGAUCCUCUGUGACAAAUCUGCGGGUUUGAAUAACAAGCAUGAAAAUAUUAAAUAACUUUAUUUAUUGAGCUUUGUUUCAUUUUAGUGCUUUACUUUGCCUAAUUUUUGAUCUGACUCUUUUGCACCAUGUUUUUUUCUUUUCUUUUUUAUACCUCUGUUGAAUGUGAAAACACAGAAAAUACUGAAAAUGUGCUGAAAACUUAUUUUGUGUCCUUUUCUGUUGAAUAUGUUGCUCAAUUAAAUAUGCCAUACAAGUUGAAAUGUCCAAUAAACAUUUGCCACAAAGCUUGUGUCCAACAGCAGGCGCUGUGACAUGUAACAUCUGUGUGAAAGACGAACAGAGAAGGAGAAAUUAUAUGACGUAAAAGGACGUAAACGAAGAAUGUUUAUUGUUGGUAAGAUGCGACGCUCAGGAAGAAAAUGUAAAUCCAUAGUACCAUCAUUUUCAACCAUUCUUAAAGCCAAAGAAAUAUUACAGUUUAUCAAAUGAAUAUUAGCGAGACUAGACUCAAAUGUAACUUUAAUAAUAUUUAUUAAAACACUGCAGCUGCCAUCUGUAAACCUGAUCUGUUAUUAUCAGAGCUGAU